AUGUCACCUGACGACGAUGACGAUGAUGACGACGGGGAGGAGGCUGUCGUACUCGGUCUACCAUCCGACUUCAACGGUGCGGAGCUCAAGCAGUACAACCUAAGGCUGCUAGCCACCUAUGAGCUGAAGAUCCGUAUCGGACUUGCCUUUGACUGCCUCGAAGAAGUUCGACAAUCAGUUCGUCACGGCGCGGUGUUCCUUGACAGCAAGAAGACUCACGCGAGCGGUACCAAAGCGCACACACGGGCGAACACGGAGAUUGUGGCCGCGCGUCGGCUCACACAACAACUGGCAGAUCGGUAUAAUCACAAUUUUGGACGCAUCAACACGCUGCGUCUUCUGCUGGAUUCGAAAUCUGCCGCCGACGAUGUCUCGUCUCGCCUUCAGCUUAUCAACAAGAAGAGUGAUUUGUCAAUCACCAGCCUCCAUACUCCACGCACCGAAGGCGAUAGCAGACGAUCGGGAUCCUGGAUCUGGGCGUAUGCUAUGAUCCACAACCUGACCUCGAUCGUCUACAUAGCUGAAUUUACUCAAUGGCAGCGCGCACGAGCAGAGAAGACCCGGCACGACGAAGAGGUCAACAUACUCUGUGCCGAGUUCCGUCGGGCCAUACAUGGAUUUGACACACUCGGUAAGGCAUGGGUUAGUGUGGCUGAUCGAGAAGGCUGUGCAGCUGGACACAAAGUGUACGCGCACCAGCAGGCCGCGAUGUACAUGCGCAUGCAUGAUGAGUGUAAGGCUUUAUAUGAUACCACUAGGCAUGAAGGUGUUGAUGGCGAGCAGCUCGAUCAUACACUAGUAAGUGCAUCAAUGAUGGUGUAUACUGGAGGGUUACUGAUCUCCUGGCCUAUAUACAGUCCUUGCGUGGAGAGCUACGUGAUCUCCUCAAAGAUGCAAGUGCGUAUGAUGACGCCCUUACACUGCUAG